CGGGUAGUCCAAAGGCCCAUGGUCCCUUGCCUGCAUUGUUGCCUCGUCCACAGGUCCGCAGGGUUCGGGCUUCACGAGAUUGCGCAUGCCUUGAUGACGACAAUGUGUGAGCUGUCUGCCCGUUUCUAUGUCAUCACAUAUUCGACACUCACGCAAUUCGCACGACGGUUGCUCGUCACGAGGCCCCUGCUCGUCACACGAAGUCAUCCGAGAGAGUUCAGGCCUUACGCAGCUCUACGCAGCUCUGGGCGCGCUUUUCUAUUUAUUGCGCUGGCUUUGAGGCGCCAAGAACAUGCAUGAGGGCGACGGGCUAAAAGUGCAAGCGGCGUUAGGGCAUGUCGAUCGCCUCGUCACCCAGGGCAAAGCCCUGUCCUAGGCACACUGUGUACAGUAGAUAGGAAGCACUAUCAGUUAGAGGCACAGCGGAAGCAAUUCCCUCGUUUCUGCUUGAGGGCCCAAGCUUGCAGCUUAUUGAGCGGAUUGUUAGCGAUUCUGCAGCCUCUAACAGCAACUUGAUAUCUGUGCUUCCACGACACGCGGUUGCGCCGUGCCGCAGUUGCGCCUGGCAGUUCCGGGAGCGCUGCAAUGAAAGCUGUGAAGCGCCGGGCGCCGGCCGCGGAAACGCCAAGAAUCAAGACGGCCAAGAUAGCCCGCUAUGAGCGUCAAAUCAACGAGCUGCAGACCGAACUCGUUCACAUGCAGCAAGAAAUGGCCAGUUUAAGGCGCUCGCUCUCUGCAACUGCGAGUGGUGCUAAUGCGCUCGACAGCCGUGCUAUCAAAGCGACUCAAUCAAUUGUUGAGCACGCGCGGGUGGGCCCGGGCCUUGAUUCUCCGAGCAGCUUCGCGUCCCUGAGGGCGCAGACCACCGACGCCAGCGCUGUGGCCUCUGGCGCGCACACGACGCAAACGCACCACGCGAUCUGUCAAGGUCCGGUGUGUGGCGCAGUACCGGAGUGCCUGGGCAGCGCCGCCGCCGGCGCGGCCUCCAGCGCCACCACGACGGACACCGCCGCCCUCCCCGCCGCCACCACGCGCACCACGGCCUCCCCGAACAGCUCCGGCGACGGCACCAGCGGCCCCUGCCUCCCCGCCGCAGACUACGGCUUUGACCACAUGUUUGACCAGCUGGGUGGCAUCGGCGACAUCAGCGGCGGCGGCGAGGGCGGCAGCUACAGCGGUUACGGCAUGACGGAGCUGCCGCUCAGCCCGCUGGGCGGCGGCGGCGGCGGCGGCUUCUGGGAUGACGACAACGACGAGCUGCAGCUCCCGCUGCCGCAGCUUGCGCCGGAGCCCCAACACCAACAACGCCAGCAGCACAUGCAGCACAUGCGACACGCGCAUGACGCGCAACAGCAGCGCCUAGUGAGCCAGGCGGCGGCGGCGGCCGGUCAGGGGCACCAGCUCGCGGCCAGCGGCAACCCAAACCAGCAGGUGACGCAAACGACGUUGCCGGCCGCCGCCGCCUACAUGGCCAAUGCCGCCGGCAGUGCCACCGGCACACCCGACGAGCGCCAACUGCUGCCCCUCAUGCCGUCACCGUCGUCGCCUCCGCCGCCGCCGCGGCCGCAGCACCACACUGCAGCUGGCGCGCGGCCGGACCCUCUCGGCUUCUCCGUGCUGUCGCGUCGCCCUGCCCCGUCAGCACCCGCGGUUUCUGCCAACGCUGCUGCAGACACCGCGCAAAUGCAGCACCAGCAGCACUUGCAACGCCAGCAGCACCAGCUCCAGCACGCGCCUGUGGCGGGCGCUGCCUCCGUCGCCGCUGGGCCGCUGGGCCUAUACUCUCUGGGCAGCUUUACAGACAGCAGCGGCUGCCACGCCGGCGUCGCUGCCGCAGCAGGCCUUGUCACUUCUCCCGCCGGCAGCGCCGCCGCCGCCGGCACGGCUGCCACCCACCACGUGCAACUGUCCAGCACCUCUCCGGCGUGGCCCAUCGCCGCUGGGGCGACUCUGGCAUGCGCUCCCGCCGCUGCUCCACCCGCACGUGGUGUGCUAGUGGCUGCGUCAGCGCCCCCGCUGGCGGGGGUCGCCUCUGGCACGGCGCCGGCGACGCCGUGGCAGCUGGACGGCUGUGGUGGUGACGACGAGGACAAUGCUGUGGACGCGGUACACAGCCUGAUGCGGCGGUGGUCGUCGGAGCCGCGGGUCAGCGGCAUGAGCGGCGGCAGGCCGGGCGCCGCGCAGCCGCCGCUGCCACAGCUGCAGUCGCAGCCGCAGCAGGCAGCCGUGCAGCAGCAGCAGGCGCAGCAGCAGGCGCAGACGCAAGCCAACACGAUGCAGCAGCAGGCAGCGCACCUGUUCUGCCACCAGCAGAUGCAGCACAAGCUGCACCAGCGUCCUGCCGAUGUGGUGACGCCGGUGAAGCCGCUGCCUGCGAUGCCGGCCGCCGCCACCCCGCCGCCCGCUGGCAGCAACAUGGCUCGCCCGCAGCAGAGCGCUGGCGGCCCCGGCCCGCAGCCUUCAGGGUCGGCGAUGACCGACGGCGGGGGACCCUGCACGUCGGACGGCGGCGCCGCCAGCCCCGCGCCCUCGGCGCCGCUGCCGCCGCCGCACGUGCAGCACAUGGGGGCUCGCCCGUACGGCACGCCGUCUGCCGCGUGGGCCCAUUCGCCGCCGCCGCCGCACAUGAGCCCGUACGGUCAUUCCCCGUACGGCCACCAUCCGUACAGCCGCGCGCCGGCAUACUACGCGCACCUGCAGCCGCCGCACCAGUACGGUCACGUGCCUCCGUACGCGGCGGACGUGCCGGCCGCGGGCGUGUCGCCCGUGCGGCGCGUGCGGUGGGUGUACCCGGCCGCGCCGCCACCGCCCCUGCCGGGCCUGCCGCCGCCCCUGCCGAGCGCGGUGCCGCGGCCGGUGACGCAACAGACCCCGCAGCAGCAGCAGCAGCAGCAGCAGCAGCAGCAGGUCGUGCCGCACAUGCAGGCUGCGCCGGCCUGCUCGGAGGCGGCAGCGCCGGCGGCGGCGGCUUCCGGCUACUACUACCCGAUGACGCCCACCACGCCGCGCGGCAAGGUGCCGUACUUUGGGGCGCCGCCGCCGGCGGUGCCGCCAAUGCCCCAGCUGUCAUGCAUGGGCGCGCCGGCAGCGCCGCCGCCGCCGGCGGCGGCGCAGCUCCUCGCGUCGCCGUACCCUGUGACAACCUAUGCGCCCGCACAGGCGAGGCGGUGACGGAAUGUAAUGGCCGCGGGAAGUAGCCACAGGUUGCCCACCGAGCUCUUGCUGCGGGGGUCUGCGGCGAGCCAACGGAUCGGGCCCGCCGUCAUCCGCGUGCAGUAAAUGCAUCCGGAUAUGCUUAACGUUGCAUUCAGGGCGGUAUUGCAAGCACGGACUGGGGUGGACAUGUCUUUAUUUAUACCUACCCGUGCAUCGCGGGUAGCUCUUCUCUUGCAGCUUAUCUUGCGGUUGUGGUCGGAAAGGAGAGAGAGAUGCCGCCGGACGCCAAGCGUUACAGGCGCCAGGGAAUCUGGGGUUUGCAUUGUCCAAUAGUAAACAAGCGUCUUAUCCAAUCAAUUGUCUUCAAUCCCUUGAUAUAAUAAUUCUUGACAUAGUAUCGGGUUGGUCAGCCCAGCCAGUAUGUUCGUAUGUGUACGUGGGAAUUGCGCAUUGGGUGAACUGGCCGCAUAAUUAUCGUCCUUGGUGCUCUUUAAGUUUCCUGGGACAGGGCGUUGACUCGGCGUUGUGUUGUUGUGCUUGUGCUUCACUUGAAGGGCCAUGCACGGGCAUUGUGGUGGUCAUGCGGCGCCAAGUUGCCGAAUGUGUGACAGUGAUGGAUGCAACAGGAAUAGGGCCAACGGAGCAGGAAAGCCAACAGACCAAAACAACAUUGCAAGGUGGCUGGGCGUGUGGGAUUAGAUGUGCGCGGCUGUAAGGGGGCUGCAAGCUCCGAGCGGCAAGCGCUGGCUCGACGUGUCAGCCUCCAUUGCUUGUUGCGUUGCUGUGUUUCACCUUGCGCAGACCUGUCCUGGGAUCAUGGCAGGAGGAGAUGAUUCGUGGAUGAAGUAAGGGCCGCGGGUGGAUGCGCGCGAACACGCAGCAUGUGGCGGCGGAGGCGAGGCAUGACGACGUGGACAGAAUGGAUGGGGAAACUAGGGAGGGUCCUCCUCCUUUUGCAGAUGCUGAUGCUCAUGUCACGUUGUGUGCAUUCAACGAUCGCACGUUUAUUAGAUGUUGCAAGUACACGGGUUUGGGCACACGGCUUCGGCCCCUCUUCCUUGCCAGGCCCUUGCGUGUGUACAACAAACUUGAAGGGCAGUUUGCGGCUGAAGCUGUGGCAGUUUGAAUCUGAGAAGGGUGACUGUUUGGCGCAUGCAGUUAUUGCCGCUGGAGGGGCGCAUAUUCGCAUGCUGCAUGCGCCAGAGACCGGCCAUGCGCCCAUUAAAGGGUUUUAUAUAUAGCUUGCCGGAGGCUUGCAAUUGCGGCAGCUAGUGUGUGGGCGUGCAUGGAUAGGCUUCCGGGCGCCAUGCAUCCAUCCCUUCAGUAUUGCCUCCCGGGGCACUGCCUGUGUGCUUUUAUAUUCGACGUGCGUGUGUACCUGCUUUCCUGAACGGUGUACAAUACAUACCGUACGCUAUUGUGAUACACUCCUCGUCUGCUUCCCUCCUCUUGAUUGUUUGGUGUGCAUGCGUUGUGUGGCGGUUGCCGAGGCUCGUCGUUCCAUUUCUUUCUCCUUGGUCUGUUGGCAGUGCAGCAGCCAAGCGCCUGGACAGCGACGGAUCCUGACUUGAAAAUAUGUUUGCGGAAUUGGUUUGACGUACGGCAGUCACCUAUCCUUGAUGUGUAUUCUCUGGCACGUGUCUGAACAUGUCCGUGUGUUGAGCCGUUGGUACUUCAUCCAUUGGGGCUGUGGUGCGACGUUGUGGUGUGUUGUUGCCCGGCAGAGGCUGUCAGUCGCAAUCAAUUCAUGGCUCCAUACCGUACAUUCAUGGCAACUGCUGAUCUACAUUGCUCAAGAGAGACAUAGGGGCACAGUCUUGCCAUACGGUACGGAUGUUGUGAUUUACGGGGUGUGGUAUGACGGUGCGCGGCAUGUGGCAUGCGCCCAAGGACCCCAGCAGGGGAUUCCUUGUCCUAAAGCUGGUCCUAAAGCAAAGCGUGCGCAUGCUAAGGCAAUGCGGCAGAGUGUAAGGCCCACAUUUCAGCCACUGACUUGCCAUCCAUCUGCGUGGUGUCGCUGCGGUGGGGGGCAGUAUGAGUCUGGGGGAGUAGGGAUAGAAGGGGCGACGGGCCAGGUACAGAGGGCAUUAAGGGAUUUAAGGGUCUGGGCCGUCAUCCCUGUGACGGGGAGGGUCGCUUCUCGGCAAAGCAGCAGUGGAUGCGCAAUUGCGCGGCACAGGCCGCACAGCCUGUGGGUGGCGCCGUGGCGGGCUCAGUCAGCUCUCCUACAACCGCAAAAUGGUGCAUGCGCAUGGCACAGCCCAGUUGCCACCUCCAUGAUGCUGGGUGCGUGGGUACGGCGUGCCCCCGCUUGUCGGGCUGUCUGAGCGGCUGUCCCUUCAAUUGUAAAUCCGCAUCCAU